AUGGUCAAGAUAUUAAUUUUCACAUCUCUUUUAUGUCUAACGGCUAACGCUUUGGGCAGCAGCGAUGACAAAUUUUUCAAAAAAUACGCCAUGAUGAAGAUUUACGAAAGUUGCUUCGGACCCGAAGUUGUCAAGCAAAUAAGAAAAGAAAUGAAAGAUGCGUACGCAAAAUGCUCAUCACCGCCAUCUAUGGAGGAGGUGCCGAACCAACAAGACAUUCCCUCUGCCUUGUUCGGAAAACUGCCGCCAGGGUUCGCUAUAGAUCCAAGCUCGCAAACCAUCACUAAGCCGCUAGAUGGCCCAUUACAUAGUAAUGAAAAUGAAUUACAAAAGCCCGAUCUUGGACAAAUUGGAGAAAAACUUGGUGCUGCCAUGGAUAAUAUAUUCCCCUUCAGACCCACUCAAAGACCACCGUUCCAGCCUCCGUCUCCUUACUUGAUACCUGGUGGUCAGUUCCGUCCGUUUAGCCCUCCUUACUAUCAAUUCCCGUUUAAUCCCAUGUACUACCCCCCCGCACCUCAAUACAACCCCUUCGCAUACCAACAGCAGCCGUUCCAACAACAAUACUACCCUCAACAGUUGAUUGGAAAUAGCAGGAUGUCGAGGGACAUAAAUCUUCGUGAUCGUUUGGAAUUGAUCUCUCGAGGUCCGAACGCGGGUCGCGUGAGGAACAUCACGUGUGUGAUGCAGGAACUGGGUUACAUCGACCACAACCUGGAACCCAACUACGACCAGAUCACACAACGCAUCAACAACCUGCCGGUCUCUAGCGAACUGAAAGGUGACAUCCAGGACGGUCUACAGUUCUGUCAAAAGUUCUCGCAAUGCGUGCCAGACUCCAAGCGUGACGUAACACCUCUAUGGCAGGAGCUUAUCAAACCGAUGUUCUUCUUCCGUUGUUACAAGCACAAGAAACUAGAGGCGUGCAUCAUGAAAGACAUCAGGGAGAGAUUCGCUGGUGAAGACGAUCUGGAUACUGAAAGUGGAUUCAGGUCUCUCUCGAGGUCCGCGAGGUCUCUCCGUGAAGAACCAAUAAGCGACCCUCGAUUGGAAGCCCUGGACGAAAUGGCUGUAUACUUCUACGACUAUCUAAGCGGAGGGAGCGGUCUAGAUUACGAUCUAUACUUGUAA